AUGGCCCAGCAAAGUCGGAAUAGUAAUGUGGGAGCUUUGAGAGGUAACGCCUAUGAGGUGAAAGUCAUGAACAGUGGUAUAGUGUGCUUCAAGGCCCCGCUACUGCCCGUGUGGCUCUGCUCAUUUGUCCUACCAGACACUUGCGCUUGGCCUGUGUCUUGCCAGUGCAAUUUUUCUCGACAGGCUCGGAGCCAAGAAGGGCAUCGGCAUCAUCCUCAAGGAAGUCGAGGCCACUUCACAGAUCGACCCUACACAGUUCUCAAGGUCUCAUUCCGUUCCUUGUCCAAUAAGCCCGUGAGCAGAGUAAACCCAGUAGAACAGCUGUCGCGCGCAGAAAACGGUGAAGGUGGCCCAGGACUCAACAAGAACCCGGCCGACGUUUCGGGGGACUCUUCACAUGAAGUAAAUAUCCGCUGGGGGAUAACUGUCCCGGCUCCUCAAGAGUUGGAUCAGCACGGGCAUGGAAGCAAGCAACCUCAUCCCUAUAUUGGUGAUUCGUUGACUAGGGUAGACAUUGUCCGACUCGGCAAGAUGGUCGAUGGCCAUCAUCGCAUAAGCCUCGAGGCUUGGAUAGCUCCCCAUUUCAGUCAUCGUGGUAAGAAGUUGAGGGUUCGGGUGAUGGUAAAUUUGCUGCCAGCACUGAUGUCUGAGUCAAGAACGGGUAUCGAGUCAUCCCAUCGCCGAAUUGGUAGAUCGUCAAUGUUUAUGACAGUAUGGGCAUGGAUGAUGAGGUCAGCUUCUAGGGUGUGCUUGGAGAUCCCUGCUGGCUGUCACAUCCUUGCGACAACUUUAGGCGCUCAUAAACUGAUCCACAAGGUUUCUGGAAUCAUCCGGCGACGAAAUACCAGCUCCGAUCAGAUCAGUGUACAGUUGCAACUGCCACAGAGCCCGAUAGACACGAUGCAUCGAGUGGUAUUCAAGCAUACUGCCCAUAGAACGUUGAUGGUUGUUCCAAUGCGUGUCUGAAUAAAAGCACCGACUUGAGACCAUGUGAAUCUCAGUAUGCGGAUCAAGACGACCGACUACAAGGCACUCGCAUAGGCAACAUUUGGAGGCCCUUACGCCUAUGCGACUCGGCCGCGAGAUCAGCUGCUGCAUUUUGUUGCUCUUCGAUGAGGAUCAUGAUGUGUCGUGGCAUCGACUCGAAAAUGAAGAUCAAGUGCGUGGCUAUCAUUCCCACGGUCGCUCAACUCGGCACUGAUCUUCGGUGGGUUCACUUCGCCGAUUAUACGGUCACUGCGUAGCGACUAUGUUUAGGAGUAGAGAGGAAUAUCCACAGGGCUUGAGAUAUUCGCUGACUGGAAGAGUGCUCUUAGUGUUGCAUUACUGGAUCCAGUGCGACGGUUCUGUCUGUCGAGAAGAUUUGA